GACUCUUCCCCAGGGUGGCCCAUGGGGAGAGUAAGAAUAUGAUUUAUAGGAAAAUUCCUAGGCACAACUGAUAAAUGAUGAAUUGUGUCAGCUGUCUGAUUAUUUCAUUAUUUUAAAGUGUCCACUAUACCUGUGUGUUAGAUUCAGAUUUUGCUGGUGGCUGAAUCAUCUAGAGCAGUGGAAAAGGUUUUGGUUUGGAAGUCAGGAGACCUAGGCUCUGACCCCCACUCUGCAGCUACCUCUGCAGCUUUAACCAAGUUUCAGUCUAUGGGGGAUGGGAUACGAGGAUUUCUAAGGUUCCUUCCAUCCCUAAUAUUCUAAAACUCAGCUAUAUGUGUAGUUGUAGCUUUGUUUUUUACAUGCUAGAGAUACAUUUAAUGUCUCUGAAAGUUGAACCUUUUAUGCUCAGUAGAGCAUCCAAAAUCUAUUUAGGAUUUUAUUGUUAAGACCUCAUGUAUUUCCCAGAAGAGCUCUAGGACAGAAACCUGAGACUUUCCCAAGACAGGUGUGUCUGUUAGCCAUGCCUGUCUUGGGAACUGCCGAACCCCAGCACUGCUCAUCUGGGUGGCUUUUAUAAAAUUUGUACUCAGCUUCUGCAAACAUACCCAGCUUCCACUGGACUUCCCACCUUGAUCUUCUUCAUUACUGCACUUUUCAUUCUAUCACCCUGUUGUGGUUCAAUUUUCUUAUAUGAAUAAAAGAUGAUCACUGCUACUACAGUGAUUAGUGAACUUUUUUUGAAAUGCUCAACAGAAACAGCUCCUCAUCAGCCUGUCUCCAGAGACACUGGUCUCUUUUUCUAAGAAUAACACAAAGUCUUGUUAAAGCCUAGAAACUUUUAAUUAUCUGUGGCAUACACACUUUAUUCAGAUUUCAUCUGAGUCAACAUUUAAGACAGUAUUAAAAUGAUCUGUCAAAAUACAACCAUACCCAAAGAAUUUUUGUGCAAAAUUGGCUUUGGUGACUCCUGUCUUACGUGUUGGUGUCCUGUUGUGUCACUUCUGGCUUGUCAGCCAUGGGCAGCCGUGAGGACUGCCAUUCUCAGACGUGUAGGAACACGGGCUCCACACAUGUUCUGUUUCCACCCUCCAGAAUCUCUGGCUCGGGGAUUUCCUAACUCUAUUCUCAGCAAUUUUUUUUUUGGACAUGAGCUUGGCUAGUUUUUCAUCUUCAGAGAUUUUUGUUUUUAUUUCAGGCCAGUUGGUCAGUAAUUUGGAAUCUUUCGCUUCCUGUUCCUUUGUUUUGAUUUGUUUCACUGGACCUAUUGCACUUAUCUCAUCCCACCCUCCACCCCCAAUAAGGAACAGUUUUUCCUGGCAUUUACUUUUUUUCCGGCUUGUUUCACCAUGACUUCUAACCCUCUUCACCCUUUGCCCCUAUGCCCGCUUCCCACUGCCCUUUCUGUUUCUGUAGUCACUUGUCUUUCCAUAUGAGAGAGAUGCAGGCUUUUCCACAAAAAUUGUGAUACACUUGACUGCACGUGAGUUCUGGUGCUCAGAGGCUGCUCUCUGCACUGGGUAUUGUGGCCUGCAGAGUUUCUGCUCUGCUCAGGUGGAAGCACAAGUGACAGUGCUAUCUAACCCUGCUCGUGAGCAUUAGAGAUUUUUUUUUGGGGGGGGGGGUAAGUUUUCUUUGCAUAUGCCAAAUACAGAGAACAUCCUCUCCUAAAGAUGUUGAAAAAUCACACCCCCGAGAAAUUAACCAAAAGCCCUAUUUCCUUCUUUUUCUGGAGGCCCAUGGUUAGAUUUCAUAUUGCUUCCCGUUUUCCAUUUUAGGUAUGCUCUUCAUCUCUGAACCAGUAUGCUUUGGGAUAUAUCAGUGUUUGGUUUUCCAGUGUUAGGGAAAACAUAAGCCAGGUUUUCUGUAAGGUGCCAGUUACAGGAAUGCUGCGCAAGUAUUCGACUGUUAAUAAAGAAAAAGGGGAAGAGCCAAUGCCUAGCACAUUGUGUUGUUGUUGUUUUUCUUCAGUCCUCACAGUCUCUCUGCAGAAUAGUCAACAGCUCGGUUGGUCAUUAGAAAAAGCUGAAGCCCAGAGAGAUUAUGAAACUUGCCUCAGGCCACACAGCUAGGGAGGAGCAAAGCCCACUUGGAAACUCGGGGUCAUCACUGAAAGGAAAAUGCUCUUUUCUUACAACGUUACCCUGGCGCCCAGUUAACUGGUUAAACCGCAGUAUCCCUGUAAAACCUGUUGCAGCUGCAUUGUUACAGUUAAAGGCAAAGCAAUGGCGAUUUAAGGAACGAGAUGAAUGCAGGGCUAUUCAGGUAGAGGAAAUGUGGCGGUGUGGGACCUUUCGGGGUGCAAUACUUGAUCCUUCUGUUCCAUUUUUAAAAGAACAAAACUUAAAUACAGAUGCACUCCACUCCAUAUUCUUCAAGUUCUGUGCAAGUAAAAAUAUGUAAAUCUAUAUUAUAAAUGCGACAGGAGAAUUUUCCAUUUAAAGGACCCAGUGAACUUUUAAGAGUGAAUGAUUCCUUUCUCAUUUUUGUUUUCAGACCUGCCUCCGGCACGUUAGGCAUUAUUUAAGACAGCUGUGCCUGUGAGGGCGCAGGGGCACUAAGUCUGUAGCUCCUCCCACGCGUGUUCAAGCGCUGUGGCCUUGCAGUGUUUCCCAGACCUCGGUCAUUGGCACACACCUUCACAGCCACCAUUAUCCGAGUUCCACCUGUACCGUUACCGACUUUCCAUUUUCCUUCAGUUCAUAUUUUUCACUCAGCUAGAUCGUAUCUCUUGUGGAAGGCCUCCAUCUGAGGGUCAGAAAGCAUUCUGGUGGGGCACAGGACACACCCAGCAGCCUAAAGCUGCGUCUUUGUAAUCCUUGCAACUGAGAGAGGAUUGAAAGGCAACAACUUUCUCACGAGGCGAACGAGGAAAUGAUGGACAAUAGGAGCUACUGUAAUCUGCCAGAAAAACUGCCCGUCUUCUCUGACUCUGCCCACUUGCCCCUGACCCGGUCCUUCUAUCUGGACCCCAUGGUCACUUUCCACUUAUACCCGGAAGCCCCGGUGCCAUCCCCUUACGCUGAAGACCUGCCAUUGCUGCCCUUUCCCAGUGAUUCCCUGAUGGUGGAAAAUUACAGCGAAGCCUGCCCCUUCUCCUUCCCAAUGCCCUAUGCAAGUUACAGGAGGUGUGAGUACGCCUAUGGGCCCGCCUUCAUCCGGAAAAGGAACGAACGGGAAAGGCAGCGGGUGAAAUGUGUCAACGAAGGCUAUGCCCAGCUCCGGCACCAUCUGCCAGAGGAGUACUUGGAGAAACGACUCAGCAAAGUGGAAACCCUCAGAGCCGCAAUCAAGUACAUUAACUACCUGCAAUCUCUUCUGUGCCCCGAUGAGGCUGAGACCAACAAUAACCCUGGGAAAGGUCCCACCAUAAUAGCAACCACCAGCCGCCACACUGACCCCAUUUUUAGAAUCAUUUGACUCAGUGUUUCCAAAGAGAAGCAAAUAAUGUCACAAUAAAAUCGGGGCUCUUAGAGUGUCAUGGAA